AUGAUGAAACCAUCGUGAAAAUAUGUUUGAUUUUAGUAUAUUUUUUUAUUUUAUUUCCAUCGGAAUUGUAUGUUUACAUCCAUUCUGUAAAGGAGCAACCCAUUGGUUUGUAACAGAGGAUGGAAGAAUCCAACAGCAGGAUGACUCUGUGUUCAAUCUCAAACGACCCUACGAUCUGGUCACCUUCAUUCAGCAACAAACAGCAUUUGAUAGGUUAAAGAUUUUACGAGAAGAGUACCUGGAAGAGAAACGAAAAGUUAUUGAAGCAAGAGAGAAGGAAAGAGCAGAAAUCCAAAAAUCAUUUUACGAAGAGGAUCCUGAUUGUGUUGAUGCAGGAGGCCACAUUUCUGAGUUUGAACUACAUUUAGAUAUGACUCUUUCCUUUUCUAAGAAAGGCAUCAAUCUUCCAGAUCAUCUCAACCUUUGCCAGUCACUUCCCUCUGAUGUUCAACCACCAGUUUGUCAAGCUCAGCUACCAACAGUUAUAUACAGCUAUGAUCAUCUUGAGGGAGUAAAGCAUCGCCAUCUGCUGAAUUCCACUGCUGAGCCAAUGCUGCUUACAACAAUGUCAUCUUAUUUUAAAACUGCAGAAGAAUUAGGAGGCCAAGUGAGUCUGGCUCUUGAAAAGAAUUCAACUUCAUGGGUUUUACUUAAUCUUGCUGCAUACUAUUGGAGAAUUAAAGGAAAUGCUCUGCAUGCUGUGGAAUGUUUAAGACAAGCUUUGUAUUAUUCACCAAGGGAGCACAAAGAUCGUGCACUGAUGAGCCUGGCGGCAGUACUUUACCAUGCAAAUCACACCCAUGACUCUGUUGUUCUUCUGCACACUGCUAUGGAAACUUGUCAGGAAUAUUCUGUGUAUCACUUUCUACUUGGAAAUAUUUAUGCUUCUCAGAAGAUGUAUGAAAUGGCUGACUUAUGUUACAAAUUCACUGUAGCUGUUUCCCCCGACACGAAAUCGUUGUGUGAGCGAGUCAAAGCCGUGAGGUGUGAGAUUAAACUGAAACAACUGUUAAAAGAACGCCAAUUAGCAUUUGAUGAAAGAUUGGACUUCCACGGCACUCCUGAACUUGAUGAUUCAAAAGAGUUUAAAAAUGAAGAAGCCGAGAAGAAAGAACUCCUUCCGCUAGAAACAUUCAAGAAGCAACUUAACCGGCUCUACCUGCUUACAGAAGGUCUACCAAAGAACCCAGACAGCUGUAAGAGCCGAUCUGUUCCUGUGAAACAGGAAGGGAAUUUGCCUUCUGAUGGUACUGGAACAACAGAGAGACGGGAAAAACAGCCAAAAAACGAAGACUCCGAAGAGACAGUCAACAAACAGAGGAAUGAGAAAGAGGAAAAAGAAACUGGAAGUUCUGGAUUGCGAACUCUACCGCAAGGAGAAGAAGAAUCAAAACACAAUUCUGAUGCCAUCGAAUCUGAUCUAAAAUCGAAAUCCCUUGAUAGAAAAGGCCAAGAUGAAGAACGCACUAUCUGGAAAGAAAAAAGAGUGAUGAGUGAAUCACUAAAAGCAAGAAAUUCUCGGUUAAAUAAUUCUAAAUUUUCUAUAGAGAUGAAAACCAUGCAGGAUUUAGAAGAAGCUCGACUAGCGUUGACUCGCUUAAAACAUGUCAUGAAAACUGUUACUCAUACAAACUCCGCUACGCAGACUGUGAAAAUAACCGAGGAGAAAGUGCUGCAAAGUGAAAACGGUGCGAAGACAAACGUAGAAAAAACAAGCUGUGUUGAAAGUAUUUCAACUUUGCAGGAAAAAGAAAUGACAGUCAAGAAAGAGAAUACUGGUCGACGCGGCGAGAGUGGUUUUAAAACGAUGAAACGAGGCGCUGGUUUUAAUAAUCCUAGUGAGGAUGGCUUUGCCGGAAGUGUUAUUGCUGAUGAUGGUAAAUUUGUUAAGCAGAAAGGAGAGUCUAUUGUGUUGAGCAAGAACGAUCCAGGUUCAAAGUUUGAUUAUCUGAUACCUUCCAAGAACACCCGGGACAAUGUUAUCGCAGAAUCACUGUUUGAGCAGCUAAAAGGAAGCGUCCCUAGCGGACCUAAACACACGCCACCUCUAAAGGACAAAGCAUUCUUGCCGAGUUUAAGAAAUUGUGAAGAUCUUGGAAGGAAGAAACUAAAAGGCGAAGCGGUCAGUGCGGAGUGUUUGACUCAAGAUUCCAAGAAACAGACGCACGGCACAAGCGCUGGAAGAGAUGUUAGUGUUGAGAGCUUUGUGUCAACCACUGAAUUUACUAAGGCCGAGGAAAAUGAGCUAUCGACGGAUAAAAGAAGUCUGCUUGAUUCAGAUGGUGAGGUAAUUUUGAUGAAGCAAACUUUGGCAGAUGAGAUUUCGGCUAACGUGCCCACGGAUUCUCUAUUAAGUGAGCGCACUUCUGAAGCAAAAGUUCUUGAACAAAGCGAGAAGAAAAGUAAUAGAAAUACAAAAGUCAAUAUUGGUUCGACUGCAAGUGAUAACAACAAUCUUAAAGUGAACUCUGUCGAGAGUGUUUCUGCCACGCAAAUCAAAGGCAGUGGUCUAGAAAUUGAAAGCAAGAAACAUCACUGGAAGACAAACCCUGGAGAGUACGAAAAAUCUAAUUUGAACGUACCAGAAAAUAAUGGAGAGAAAUUUUCUACCGCUUAUGACGAUGCGAGAAGUAAAACCAGAGAUGAAGAGAGUUAUAAUAGUAAAGAUUAUGGUAGACCAGAUACUAGUGGUGUUGUUAAAAAUCCUAAAAACGCUAACGGAGAAAAGAGUAAAGCGGAGAAAAGGCAAAAUCGGUUGGAUUCAAGCGCAACAAAAGAGUUACCUGCUAAAAGUGAUAAAUCAAGUAAACUAAACGAGGUUAAAUUUAAGCCAUCGCCUAAUAUGAAGGAAAAAGUUAACAGCGCCGAGUUUCUUCACAGUGUUGGUGCAGGAUCGAGCGUUUUUGAAACAAGCUUUAUGAACGUGCAAACUGACGGAUCUCUUCAGGAUCUGAGUGAAGAAGAAUGCCGACACAUAGAGGGUGUCCAGGCUCUGAUUGUCAGGAACAAACAGUUCAGCGCAUGGCUGUCGUUGGACACCAAAAACAUUGACGUGCGGGCUCACAUCGACUUCCUAAGUGAGGUGGACGACUUUCCCAGAAGGCCUCGUUGUACGGCAAAGAUCAGGAACAAAUUGCACACGUUCCACAACCUUCCGGGUGUGGUCAAUGCUGCUUAUUUUGAUCAAGUCGCUGAAGUUGGUCUCACUCAGACCCUGUUGAGCAUGGGAAGAACAUUACAAGACACCAUUGACGAGAUGGGAACACGAAUUUUCAAUGCCCUAAAGAAGAAUUCUUCGUCCUGGGUGCUACUGAAUGUAGCGUCUCUUUAUUGGAGAGUACAAGGAGAUACUGCUGAAGCCAUCAAGUGUCUACGCCAAGCUCUUUCUUUCUCUCCAUCCAAUGCAAGGGAUGUAGCUCAUGUUAGUCUGGCCAGUAUAUUGUUAAGAGAGGGCCAGCUUGAAGACGCUGCUGUAGUCAUAAAAAAGGCUCUUGAGAUUUCUCCCAGUCUUGCUCUUGGACACUUUAUUCUUGGAAACGUCUUCGGUGCUCAGAGUGAAAUACCUGAGGCUAUUCAGCACUAUCUGCUCGCCUUACAGCUCGAACCAGGCUUCACACCGGCUGUGGAGAGGUUAAAGAUCAUUCAGUGUGUGCUGUGGAAACAGCAAAAAGCUCUGGAAAAAGAAGCCGCUGACCUCAGGAAACUCCUUACCCCAAAGUGAACGCAGUCGGCAGCGGCCUCGAACUUUUUCCCUCAGCAUUCGUAGUCUGAAAGACCGACUUUAAUUUUCUAAAAUAGUUAAACUUGCUGAGUGGAUAAAUGACAGAAAUUAUUUCUAUAAUGGGAAAAAAAGCAUAUUUGGCAAUCGAUGAAUUAUAUAUUGGGAUGAAAAUUUUCUAAUUACAAAAAUAAAAAGCUUAAAAUUUCAAAUAAACCCUAGCUGGCAAAACUUAAAAAAUAAAACGUUCUUCUUUUGGAAAGAUAGGCCAAUAUUUUGGAGCUUUUUAUAAAUGCGAAGUAACCGUUAACUUUUCCUCUGGCUUUUGCGAUUAAAUCUCUCACUGAAUCUGGUAAGACAGUGUCUAGAGUCAGGAGUCCAUUACAUCUGUUAGUGUGUAUAUUUUCUUUUAGAAAUAAAUACCAUUUUGAAAGCAAUUUGUUCAUAGCUUAUAAAAGUAGUUUCUGUAGUCAAAUGGUUCAGAAUAUAUAAAGUACCGUUUCAAAACGGCCUCGUCACUCUUUGAAUUUUAAGCCUGCCACGAUUACAGCUUUCUUCAUCCUAACUUAAUAAUUUCAUGUAGAUAUCGAAGUCAAAUUAGACAAGUAAGUAUUUUUACACAGAGAAAAGAUUAGUUUUGUUUGAGGGGACGCCGGUCAUCUGACAAACUUUUCUAUAGGAUUCUUAAAAAGAAGUACAAAGUUAUGAAUUUCUCACCUCAUUUAAAGUUAAUAUAUUGUGACGGUAAAUAUUUUAGAAGGUUUAGAUAUGCCAGUCGUAAAUACAAA